CGGCUUCACCAAACCUUAAGGCAAAAAGCAUUAGAGACGGAGAGAGAUCGAGAUCGGCCGUUAAUGAAUUACCAGCAAAAGCCGCCUCCGUCUUCUGACCCUUCGCCGUCGCCGCCUGACCGUCCACCGGGAAUUACAUCACCGGAGACGUCUUCGAACAAUCACAACCAUGAGAUAGAGGACAUUAUGGCUUGCGUCACUGCUUUGGAAGCUGCUCUGCUCCCAUGUUUACCCGCUAGAGAGCUUCAAGCAAUCGACCGUUCUCCUCACCCUUCUCAUCAAAUUGAUGUUGAGCGGCAUGCCAGAGAUUUUAUGGAAGCUGCGAAAAAGCUUCAGCUUUAUUUCAUGGGAUUGAAGCGAGAAGAUCGUGCACCUACUAGAGCAGAAAGCCUUAAGAAGGAGAUUGCAGAAAUGGAGGAAGAGCUCAAGACAAAGGAAGAGCUGAUAAAGAAGCACUCAAGGCUUAUCCGAGAAUCGCAGAGGCUAGUGAAAGAACAGAUAGAGAAACACCGAGUAGAGCUGGAGAAAGUAUGACAUGAAUCAGAGUUUAUUGCUUUGUCUUCUUUUUUUUUGGUGAUCAAGUAUGUUGUUUUCAAUAGUAAAUAAUGUAAACUCUCUCCUCAUUAUUCAUCCUUUAUGUCUAUUUUACAUUGUAAGAGUACUAUGCAGACCAAAGGGGGCUUCCACCUGCAAACAGCAAAUCCACACCUCUUACGAAAAGUGCAGAAACACUUAUUAUU